AGAGUUUUGUUAUGGAAUCAAAAAACACAGUUAAGCCUUACAUCAUUACUCCAUGGAAGCACAGAGUUGAUUUCCAGAUGAGUUUCAUGCAGGAAUAGGAGCUUUGCAGCAGGAGGAAAGUUGACAUCUCACUGCAUGUCAGGCUCCAAAAUGAAAAUGGAACAUCCAGCUGGUCAAGAAGCUGCCUGGAACCAUUCCAGAGUGUGAACCUGCAGCUGCUGCCUCUGUGAUGUCAAGGGCCUAUUGGGGUGUCAGUGAAAGGACAACCGGACACUGCAAUGCAGAGCUCCUCAAUGCCCCCUUUCUCCUGGCAUUCCAGGAGGAUCCUUCUCCUCCAGGAGCUCUCUGCCUGCAAACCAGCCAGGUUUUAUCUGCUUGCUGGGUUAUGCUGCUCUGCAAGUUCUAGCACAGCUCUGCAGAAAUGAUCCGGCAAAUCAGUGCUGCAGCGUGUGAUUUUCUGUCUGCCACAUCUGCAAUGUAUUUUUAUCCAGAUAAACCCUGGCUGGCAACAGCUCAUCUGGGGAAUCUGAUCACCCAGUUAUCCAGAGGUGGAUACAGGGCAGCCCAUCCUUUGGCCACAACACUGCCACCAGAACUUCAACUGGCUCCUUCCCUUCCUGGAGAAGAGGAUAAUGUCAAGGAGGACGUGGAUGAGGAAUUUGCAAUUCUUGCUUCAUCAGAAUUAAUCCACACGAGCUCUCUGCUGGGAGCUGAAGGUACAGAAGACGACACAUUUCUCCUGCCUGACAUCCUCAGCAGCAGCAGGAGCGCUCUGGAGAGACCCAGGGUCCGGCCACAGCAGAAAUCCCAGCUCACAGAGGAAGUGCUGGAGCGGCUGAGGGACAUUGUGAACAAGGGGGACCCUAUGACAAGAUACACUGAAUUUGUUCAAGUUGGUCGAGGGGGUUUUGGGACUGUUUACAAAGCCAUCGACCCAGCCUCAGGAAAUGUGGUGGCCCUGAAGAAGAUGCCUCUCCGCAAACGGAGCAGAAAGGAACUCAUCGUCAACGAGAUUCAGAUCAUGAAGGAUAACAGGCAUCCCAAUAUUGUCAAUUACAUAGACAGCUACCUGGUGCAUGAAGACCUGUGGCUCGUGAUGGAAUAUGUGGAUGGAGGCACUUUAACCAGCGUUCUUGUCCGAGUCUUUAUGGAGGAAAGAAUGAUAGCUGCUAUCAGCAAGGAGUGCCUCAAAGCCCUGGAUUUCCUUCAUUCAAAAAAUGUGAUCCACAGAGAUGUCAAAAGUGACAAUAUUCUCCUCGGAAUGGAUGGAUCUGUGAAACUGACUGAUUUUGGCCUGUGUGCUCAGCUGACCUCGGAGCGGAACACACGGUGCACAGUGCUCGGCUCUCCUUACUGGGUAGCACCAGAAAUCCUGAAAAGGAAGGAAUAUGACACCCAAGUGGACAUCUGGGCCCUUGGGAUCGUGGCCAUUGAAAUGCUGGAGGGAGAACCUCCAUACUUUAGAGAAAGCCCUGUCCAGGCUCAGCGCCUGAUAGCCCAGAACAAGUAUCCCCCUCUGAGGAUGCCCAGCAAGAUGUCGAUUCUGUUCCACGCCUUCCUGCACUCCUGCCUGGACACCGACCCCAGCAUCCGCUGGACAGCCAGGGAGCUCCUGGAGGUAAAGGGCGUGGGAAAUUCUCCUCACCAGGAGCCUUCCUCUCCUGUUAAUCCCCUCUCUGGGUGCUUUUCAAAGUAGAAUUUGGCUUGGAAGGGACCUUUGAAGUCCAUCUGGGCCAACCUCCCUGCCAUGAGUGGGGACAUCUUCAAACUGUUCAGGUUGCUCAGAGCUCUGUCCAACCUGCCUUUGGAUGUUUUCAGGGAUGAGGCAUCCAACACCCCUCUGGGCACAGUGUUUCACCAUCCCUAGCAUAAACAAUUUCUUCCUUAGACCUAACAUGAAUCUCUCCUCUUUUUGUUUAAAACCAUUA